CUCGUCACGUGAUGAGUCUGUUGGUAGUACUGACGGUGUUGUGUACUGGAGGCGUGAGUCCAGUUGCUCUUCUUUAAUAUUAUAUACCGUUGUGUGUCCAGAAAGUGUCCCAACUCCUGCAGCUCUUGACAACAAAAUCAUAACAGAGGAAGAGUGUUGAGAAAUGUGUCUUCCCCAGUUUCAAGUGCUGCCUAUUCCUGUAGGUCACCUCUACAGUACAGAACUGCAUUAAUAACCAAGACCUUGUUCAAAGUACUGUACUGUAAAGUACUUCCUAGACGUGCUCACACAACAACAGUGCUAAAGUCAGUGGUGAAGAUGAGUGGAGACUUGGUAACGUUAUGUAGUUCAUCUGUGAAGUAUGUGGUGUGACCCAGUACUGUAGACUCAUAGUUUUAUGUUUUUGUAGAUCAGAAAAUAACACAAGUACUGUAGCAGGAUGAUGGAUGCCCAACAGUUUUCCUGUUCAUUUUGUAGCCAAAUAUUUACAAGAAACAUUAGUUUAAAACUGCACAUGUUCAGCCACACUGGUAAGAAACCUUAUCAGUGUUCGGAGUGUGAAGAAUCCUUUAGUCGGAAACAAAAUUUAGAUUAUCACAUGAGAGUUCAUAGUGGAGAAACAUUACAUCAGUGCUCCGAGUGUUUUAAAAACUUUCUCUCUCGAAGUAAGUUAUUAGGACAUAUGAAAUUUCAUACAAGCACCAGUGUUUAUCACUGUUCAAAAUGCAAGAAAUAUUUUGAACAUAAAAGCAGCUUAAUACGCCACACUAAAGUUCAUUCCAAAAAAAAACAUGUCCUGUGUUCAGAAAGGCAUAAAUCUUCUACCCAAGAAAUGAGUAUAGAAGGACACAUGGGAGUUCACACUGGAGAAACACCAUUCCACUGUCCUGACUGUCACAACAAAUUUUCAUGGAAAAGUGACUUGGUUAAUCACGUGAAAGAACACACCGGUCAGAACUCACUUAAAUGCUCAAGAUGUUAUAAAGAAUACAAAUGCAAGUGUCAUCUAAAAGAACAAAUAGAUAGAGAACAAGUGAGCGAGAAGCCAUCAGACGAGACAGGGACCGAACACGAGGUUUAUAUUCUUGGUGCUUCUUGGUUACAUGGAGACAAUCCUCCCAUUUAUAACCAUCAUUGUCUAUGGCCCAUUCACGCUUUAUGUUCCUCCUGUUAUCGUAAAGAUGAAUGUGUCCAGCCAUCUCAGUUAGAGGUGGAAUUAUCCUACCAAAAUAUGGAUAAUGUGUGUGUGAUGGUAGACUCUGCAGCAGACGUGAUUGACUGCUCGGGUGGAGUACAAGAGAAUGAUUGUCCCCAAGACUGUAACAGCAGCUGUGACUCCAUGGACCCAUUAGGAUGUGAGCUUAUCGCCGAGUCUGCCGUGAAAGUAGAAAACCUGGACGAGAAUUGUAUUUAUAUUAAGGAAGAAUUGUAAAUCUUUGUCGAUACAGUGUUGUGGUACUGUGUUUGAAAUAUUAACACAUAUAUGAUAAUCAGUCUGAUACUGUAUUAAUAUUAUAGUACAGUAAUUUGGUCAAAUAUUAAUACUGUAAAGUGUCAUACAUUAACAAGUGUAUUAAACCUGUGAAGAUAGUCAGGCAACCUCCACCUCAUACCAAGCAACAUCAGGAACAUGCAUGCAACAUCAGGAUCAAGUGAUCACAGGAACAUGCAGGCAACAUCAGGAUCAAGUGAUCACAGGAACAUGCAGGCAACAUCAGA